UAAUUUAGCUCAAUUUGGAUCGGUUUAUUCAUCAAAACCUUUUCGUCGUCUUCUUCUUUCUCUCAGAGAGCUUCUUUUAUUGUGUGGCGAUGGGUGGAAAUAACAGGCAGAGAUGGUUCUCCUUCCACCAACGAUCCUCUUCCGCCACCGGUACAACAGUACCGCAGCACAAACACGACGAGACUCCGCCGGAGUUUCUCUGCCCCAUCACCGGAUUCCUCAUGUCGGAUCCAGUUGUCGUCCCAUCGGGUCAAACCUUCGAGCGUCUCUCCGUUCAGGUCUGUCGUAACUUAGGGUUUGUACCGGAUCUCCUCGACGGUACCCGACCCGAUUUCUCCACCGUCAUCCCCAAUCUCGCCAUGAAAUCCACCAUUUUCAGCUGGUGCGAUCGGAGAAAAGUCGACCAUCCUCGCCCUCCUGAUUCCGCCUACAUCGAAGGCGUGGUUCGUGCUCGAAUGGAUAAGGAUCCGAGUCCGGGUCCGGAAUCUCCGGUUACUAGGGCUGCUCCGGAGCCUGAGAGUCUCCCUCCAGUUGCUGAGAAUUCGCCUUCGGAUUACGAAACGGUGAUGGAAGCGAUUCGAGCUCGAUCCAGGAGCUCAAUGUCGCCGACCACAUCGCUCGAGUCGGUUACGAUUGGGCAGAGUCCGUUUCACCCGACCCGAGCCGUUAGUAUGUUCUCUUCUUCUUCUACUACUUCUUCCUCGUCGGGAGUUUUCGCCGGAGCUGAUAGUCCGAUUCGGAACGCUAUCUCUUUCUCUUCCUCCGAUUACUCUUCCUCGUCUCCGAUGUCGCCGGAAGAAGAAGAGAUCUUCAACAAAUUGAGAGGCGCCGACAUUUUCGACCACGAGCAAGGUCUGAUACUGCUUAGGAAGAUGACGAGAUCCAGCGAAGACCUUCGUGUUUCGCUCUGCACUGAACGAAUCCUCUCUUUUCUCCGAUCACUUCUCGUUUCACGGUACAACCUCGUGCAGACCAACGCCGCCGCGUCGCUUGUCAACCUCUCGUUGGAGAAACAGAACAAGGUGAAGAUCGUACGGUCAGGAUUCGUUCCUCUUUUGAUCGACGUCCUGAAAUCGGGGACGACGGAGGCGCAAGAACACGUCGCCGGCGCUUUGUUCAGCUUGGCGCUUGAAGACGAGAACAAAAUGGUGAUCGGAGUUCUCGGCGCGGUGGAGCCGCUCCUCCACGCUCUACGUUCGUCAGAGAGCGAAAGAGCACGUCAAGACGCGGCGCUUGCGCUCUACCAUUUGUCGCUGAUUCCGAGCAAUCGAACCAGGCUGGUCCGAGCAGGUGCGGUGCCGACUCUGCUUUCGAUGGUCAGAUCCGGCGAGUCGACUAGCCGGAUACUUUUGGUGCUCUGCAACCUCGCGGCUUGUCCAGAUGGUAAAGGGGCGAUGCUUGACGGAAAUGCGGUGGCGAUACUUGUAGGGAAGCUAAGAGAAGACGGAGAUGAUUCCGAGGCGGCGCGUGAGAAUUGCGUGGCGGUUUUGUUGACGCUGUGUCAAGGGAAUCUGAGGUUUAGGGGAUUGGCCAGUGAGGCGGGAGCUGAAGAAGUGUUGAAGGAAGUGGAAGAGAGCGGGAACGGACGGGUGAAGGAGAAGGCGGCAAAGAUUCUGCAGGCGAUGAGAGGUGGAGGAGACGGAGGAGAGAGUGAGUUUGGGGAAAAUGCGGAGGCGCGUGAAUGGAACCGUAUGCUUGAAGCGACUGGGCUAAGUCGGGCUCAGUUUCAAGGAGGGCAAAAUGGGGGUUUCGCCUAUUCCUCCCAAUUUUAGCUUUUUUUUUUUCUUUUAAUUAUCUUCCCUCGGUUCUCUUUACCCUUUUUUUGUAGUAAAAUGUUGCGUUUUGUGUGUUUGAUAAAAAUGGGUGUAAAUUAUUAAUUUUUGAGUGAAUUGUAAUAUAUGUGUUUAUUGGUUUUUUGUCAUUAAAUGACAAAAGUGAAAUGUCCAAUCUAUUUGUUAAGAGAUGUCUUUUUUUUUUUCUUUGAACGUCAUUUGUAAAGAGAUGUCUAAUGUGUUAAAUUUACCUCUUUUGUGGUUAAA